CCCACACGCAUCUUAACGCGACUCCCCCAAUAUUUGAACAAUUAAGAGAGAAACAGAACAGAUACAAGACGAUAAAACUGGAGCGAGCUACAGCUGAAAUAGAGAAAGAACGAGAAAGUGAGUUUCAACAUCAAGGGGCGCUUUCAAGAACGUGCGAAAAUCCAUGAGAUUUGCUUAGAUUCUGGCAGAUUUACCAGCCGAGGAGGACGCCAUUUGACUCGUCACCUUUGUUGAGAAGAAACGGCCAGUUUAUUUCUUUAGGUGGACUGACACCUCGAGUAUCAUGGGUUCUAAAAGGCACCGCUCAACCACGGUGGCAACUUUAUUUCACAUGGACUGCUCUCUUUUAUUCACAUGCAUUUUUUCUUGGACCGUCGCGUUCAACUUGGAUGUAGAAACCCCGUUAAUAUAUUCCGGACCUGCAGGCAGCUAUUUUGGUUAUUCUGUGGACUUUUAUAUGGCACAGUCGGCACGAGAUGCAAGUAUCAUAGUUGGAGCACCAAAAGCUAAUACCAGCCAGCCGAACAUCACAGAGGGAGGAUCUGUGUUCUACUGCCCAUGGGGCCGUAACCUGUCUGACUGCAGUAGCAUAGAGUUUGAUCGGCAAGACAAUGGUGAAACCCAAGCUGAAUUCAAGUCCCACCAAUGGUUUGGAGCAACUGUUCGUACACAUGAAGACUCUGUCUUGGCUUGUGCCCCUCUCUACUCCUGGAAAACUCAACAGGACACACCUGAGGCAGAUGUCACUGGCUCCUGCUACCUGUCCAUUAAAAACUUCACCAAAUUUGUGGAAUAUGCUCCCUGCCGCACAGAAUUCCAUGGAAUGAAGGGCCAAGGCUAUUGUCAAGGUGGAUUUAGUGCUGAUUUCACGAAGAAUGGGAAAGUAGUGCUUGGAGGACCUGGCAGCUAUUUUUGGCAAGGACAACUUAUCUCUGCUGUGAAGGAGGAAAUAAUCAAGGCCUAUUACCCAGGCUAUUUUCUAACAUCAGUGGCAGGCCAAAUUCAGACCAUGCAGAAAAAAGAGAUCAACUUUGAUGACAGCUACAUGGGAUACUCGGUUGCAGUAGGAGAAUUUAACGGAGAUGAUGAUGAAGACUUUGUGACCGGUGUUCCCCGAGGUAUACUUCUACAUGGUCAGGUGUUGAUUCUUAAUGGCUCUUUGGAAACCAUGAAAACCUUUAUUGGUGAACAGAUGGGUUCCUAUUUUGGUUAUGCCGUGGCUGCUGCAGACAUCAACAAUGAUGGACUUACAGAUUUGUUAGUUGGUGCUCCUAUGUUCAUGGUGCGUGACACAGAUGGGAGGUUGGAGGAAUUAGGGCGGGUUUAUGUAUAUCUACAGAUGGGUCCUCUGGAGCUUGUACCACAUCUACCUCACCUCACUGGCACGCAAAUUUUCAGUCGUUUUGGCAGCUCAAUCACACCAUUGGGAGAUCUCAACCAAGAUGGCUUUAAUGACAUUGCUAUCAGUAGUCCAUUUGGUGGGAAAGAUGAACAAGGAUUAGUCUUUAUUUAUAAUGGUUAUGCUAAGGGACUUCGGGAGAAGCCCUCUCAAGUAAUUGCUGGUCAGUGGUCAUCAGCUGCCACUCCCAUUCUUCCUGCAAGUUUUGGAUAUACCAUGAAAGGUGGAAAAGACAUGGACCACAAUGGCUACCCAGAUCUCAUUGUUGGAGCUUUUGGAGCUGACAAGGCAGUUCUUUACAGAUCUCGGCCAAUUGUUAAUGCAAGUGCCACCUUACUUGUGUACCCAAUAAUGAUUAAUCCUGAGGAGAAGACCUGCAGCAUCAGCAGUGGAAACCAAACCUCACAUGUUUCUUGCGUCAACUUGAGCUUUUGCCUUACAGCCAAUGGAAAGCACCUUCCAGAAAAACUAGUGUUUAAUGUAGAAGUGCAGCUGGAUAAGCUGAAGCAGAAGGGAGCUGUUCGUAGGGCUCUGUUUUUGGACACUCAGCAGGCCAGCCUGCAGAGGACGCUUGAAGUGCCAAAUGAAGCCAAGGUCUGCCAUGAGACCAAAAUCUACCUGAGGGAUGAAAAGGAUUUUCGGGAUAAGCUCUCCUCCAUCUUUAUUGCCCUCAAUUUCAGUUUGGAUGCACAGGCUCCUGCAGACAGACAUGGCCUCUGGCCAAUUCUCAACUACCAGACCACUGAGCUAAUUGAGCAGAAGGCCCAGAUUUUACUGGACUGUGGAGAGGACAACAUCUGUGUCCCUGACCUGAAACUUUCUGUAAAGGGUGACAGGAAAGAAGUGUACAUAGGGGAUGAUAAUGCACUAACCCUGACUUUUAAUGCACGUAAUGAGGGAGGUGGUGCUUAUGAAGCUGAGCUCUGCGUGGUGCUUCCCUCAGAAGCGGACUACAGUGGAAUUGCCCGCAAUAAUGAGAAUCUGACUCAGCUGACUUGCAGUUAUGAGACAGAGAACCAGACACGCUACCUCAUCUGUGACCUAGGAAAUCCCAUGAAGUCUGGCACCAAUUUGUGGGCAGGUCUGCGUUUCACAGUGCCUCGGGUACAGGAUUCACAGAAGGUGGUGCACUUUGACCUGCAGGUUCGCAGUAAAAAUGAGAAUAACUCUCAGAGUGAGGUUGUCCCAUAUAAGCUAGAGGUGGUGGUCAAGGCAGAUGUCAUUUUACAGGGAGUGUCCCGACCAGAUAAGAUCUUCUUCCCACCUCCAUACUGGAAGGUGACCAAGAAUGUUGCAGUUGAGCAAGACAUUGGUCCUCCUGUGGAGCAUAUCUAUGAGUUGGUAAAUAAUGGUCCAAGCCGUAUUAGUCACACACUCCUUCAACUGAAAUGUCCCAUGAAGCUGCAUUCCCAGAGAUUUAUGUACCCUCUGGACAUUAUCACUGAGGGGCCUGUAAACUGCACAACAUACAAUAUUGUGAACCCCAUGAGCAUAAAGCUUCUGCAGUCCACAGUGCAACCUCCUUUAUUGAACCACCACAUUGAGAAGCGUGAAACACACAAGGGAGAGCUGGCUGAUAUGACAAACCUGUCAUGUUCCAAUGUUGAGUGCUGGACCCUGAAGUGUAAUGUGGGUGUAUUGGAGAAAGGCACCAGUGCCAUACUUCAGGUGCGUUCACGCAUCUGGGGGGAGACUUUCAACACGAAAAAAUAUAAGAAUUUUAUUCUGGAGUGUGUAGCUAGUUACAAGGUGGAAAAGAUGCCAUAUGCUAUAUUGCCCAAAGAGAUUCCAAGUGGUUCUAAAAUGAUGACAACACCUGUGGUUUGGAAUAAACCUGACAGUCCUUAUGAUGUUCCUUUGUGGAUCAUCAUUUUGGCAAUAUUGGCUGGUCUUUUGUUGCUGGCUCUGCUCAUCUAUGUUCUGUAUAAACUGGGUUUCUUUAAGAGAACACCCUACGGCACUGCCAUGGAAAAAGCACAGCUGAAACCUCAGGCUGCAUCUGAAGCUUAAAGCAGGCCUGGGACUGUUCAGUAAGGAUGAAAGACCACUGGAUAUCCAUUGCACUGCACUGGACAGAAACUCCCCAAGAACUCAAAGCCAAAUGAAUGUUUUUUUUGUUUGUUUGUUUUUUUUUUUAAUAUAAAUGUUCUUUAUGUUGCCUUAUUUUGCUGUGGGUUUGGAUUGUAUACACCAGUAUUAGCUUCACAAUCAGUUGCAAUUUUUAGAGCCUGGUUCUAUGGACCAAAAAUCUCACUCAUUCUGCAUUACAAAUCUUAUAUGCAUUGAUCACUGUUUUGAUUUUAUUUAUUUUAAUUUUUUUUUAACUUUUAAUGUUUUGGUGCUAGAAAUGAUUUGUUCACAUUUUGCUUACAUCUUUUUCAAAUGUCAGCAUUACAGUCCAGCACAGUCUUUGACACUAAAAUCUUUACUUUCUGCUGUGUCUUUUUAAUGUUCACUUUAAAAAAUAAUUGUCUCUGCUAUCUUAAAAGGUAGGCAUGAAAAUACUAAGGGGUUUCAGAUGCAAGGUUUUUUGGUUCUCUUUUGUUCGUCUCUGUAACUCUGCAAACUCAUGUUGGUGUCUGUCUCAGGUGAUAAAGUUGAACAGCAGAUCAGGUGUGCCACACUCAAAUCGGCUUGGAAAUCCAUUGAGGAUUAUAUUCCAAGUGCAAAUGUCCCCUCCUACUGACCUAAUUAACAAGAGUGUUGCCUUUUAAAGUCAUCUGGGACAUGACUGGAUGCACAGCAAGCCUAUGAAACCUCAUGAUAUGCCUUGAAGCAGAGCUGUGCUUUGCCGAUAUAUAGGACAGACUUGUGCCCUGUAGCACACGUGGCGGAUGCAGCAGACAGUCAGUGGAGGCUCACUGUGUACCCACAGUCCUUCCUAUCUGUGCAAAGUACAGAUAACCCACUGUAUAUGGUAAGAGUGGGAUAGUCGCAAAAUACAAAAUGGUCAACGGACAAAUGAGUACUUUACUACAGAUGUUAAAAGAUAUGAUGACAAAGCAAAAGAUAAUCCCAGUCUAAGGCAGCAGUUUUAGCCAGGGACAGAAUGUGUAAGACAACUUUUUAGUUUGUUUGUCUGGUGUUAUGUGAAGGUGUGCAUGCAUGUGUGUCUGGCUUUACUGAUGUGAGAGAACGAGGUGUUUUCACAGUUGCCGGGUUUGUCAUUGUAUUUCAUUUUUGGCCAUCCUGAUAUUUAAAGCAUAUUAAUGCUAAUGGUGGCCAGAGAUGGCUACUCUUGGACAGAGAGUCUGCAUUCAACUGCAUUAGACACUUAUUAACUGCAAGAAGAAAAGAGAAUGGGCAUGGAGAUUUUUAGGAACUGUAUGUUAAGUGCAAUACUGUUUUUUUUUUUUUUUGUUUGUUUGUUUUUUUCCCCAUUCUUUUUUAGUUUUGUUAUUCCAUUCUUUUUUCGUUUUGGAGUACAACAAUAUUUUCAUACAGACAACAACCUGUUGAGUUGGAGAAUUUCUAAUUAUUUUAACAAUAAAAUUUUUUUAAAAUGCCCCAUGUAUUAUAAUUACAUAUAAUUUUGUUUAUAAUUCAAAAUGGCUUUAUUUGAGGCCAAGUUUGAUAGGAAAAUCAGCCAUUUACUAUGAACACCACACAAUCAUUCUUUAACAGUUAGUGAAAUCCAAGAGCUAGUUAAAAACUCAGAGUUCAAAUACUGUGAUCUUUUUUGUGGUUUCUGUUACUCCAGUGUUAUAUCUUGACUGCAAAAUUGUAUGUUUUAAUUACAAAUUGUUUAAGAAUAUAAAGCCUUGCUACAAAUUGAGAUUAAAACAUUACAUAAUUUGCUUGUUCUUAAUGUUUUGCUCAGUUUUUGACAUUUAUUUUUACCUCCUAACUUUAGAUAUUUUUCUUUUUCCUUUAAUUUUUUAAAUUAUUUUUAAAAAAAAUAUUUCUGCAGCAGGAAGCACUGAUUAUAUUUUGUCCUAUCCUAACUUUUUGUCCUACCCACAAUUUUUUUUUUGAGUUGUAAAUAUGAUUUGGCAAGGAAACUUUUUUAAACUAAAACUCUUAUCUGACAUAAAAUUACAUCACCCCAUAUUGGGGAUAAUUGGAGGGCUGUUAAAGUAAUUAAUUAUUUGUAUGGUCUUGUACAAUUUGCAUUUCCAAAUAAAUCUUUCCAUUUUUAUGA